AUGAAAUGCAGCAUCCAUGAACCUCACCCUUCACUAAACACGUAUCAUCAGCCAGGAGACUUCAUUAUUGGUGGCAUAGCUUUUCAUGGUAUCUUUAUGUCCAGUCCAAGACCUUUCAGUGAAGAACCUCUACCAGAUUUGCGUGAAGAACUUGUCAUAGUACCCAAGAAAUACCAGCAUCUCCUGGCCUUUGCAUUUGCCAUGAAAGAGAUCAAUGAAAACCCUAGAAUAUUACCAAACCUCACCUUGGGCUUCCGUAUCUAUGACAGCUAUGACAAUGCAAGAAGAACCUUCCAUGCAACCAUGUUACUUCUAUCAUUUGUGGAAAGAUUGGUCCCCAACUACAUGUGCAACAUCCAGAAUAAUCUCAUAGCAGUUAUUGGGGGAUUAGACCCUGAAAUCUCUCUUCAUGUGGCAAAUAUCUUGGAUAUCUAUAAGAUUCCACAGCUCCAUCAGUUUAUUAGAGGCAUCUCAUUUAACAGCAGCGCUCAAAAUGAAGUAUUCUUCAAUGAGAACGGAGACGUAGUUGCUGGACUGGAUGUUAUUAAUUUGAAAAUUUUCUCCAAUGAAACUUUUCUCCAUGUGAAAGUAGGAAGGAUGGAUCUUCACGCUUCUCCAGACCAAGCAUUUACCAUUGAUGAGGAUGCCAUCAUAUGGCACAGCUGGUUUAACCAGACACGACCACUUUCUGUAUGUACUGAGAGUUGCCAUCCCGGUUCUAGCAAGAGUGUGAAGGAGGGGGAGCCAAACUGCUGCCAUGAUUGCAUCCCAUGUCCAGAAGGGAAGAUUUCAAACCAGGAAGAUAUGAAUGACUGUAACGAAUGCUCAGACAAAGACUAUCCAAGCAAGAAUCAGGAUUUCUGCAUUCCAAGGACAUUUACCUUCUUGUCUUAUGAAGAACCUCUGGGGCUCAGUUUAGCCUUCUUUGCUCUUUCCUUUUCUUUGAUCACAGUUCUGAUGCUGGGAAUGUUUAUUAAGCACCACAACACUCCCAUAGUCAAAGCCAACAACCAGAUCCUCACCUACACUCUCCUCAUCUCCCUCCUGCUCUGCUUCCUUUGCACAUUGCUAUUCAUUGGCCAACCUCAGAAGAUGACAUGUCUCCUCCGACAAAUUGCCUUUGCCGUCAUCUUCUCCGUGGCUGUCUCUUCUGUACUAGCUAAAACCAUCAUGGUAGUUCUGGCUUUCAUGGCCACCAAGCCAGGAUCCAGGAUGAGGAUGUGGUUGGGGAAAGAAAUAGCCAUCUACAUUGUUCUUUCCUGCUCCCUUAUUCAAGCAAGUAUCUGUAUUGUGUGGUUGGGAAUCUCUCCCCCAUUUCCAGAUGUUGACAUGCACUCAGUGGCUGAAGAAAUUGUACUUGAAUGUAACGAGGGAUCUGUGAUUAUGUUUUACUGUGCCUUGGGCUACAUGGGCUGCUUGGCAAUUAUCAGUUUCACUGUGGCCUUCCUCUCCAGGAAGUUACCUGGCAGUUUCAAUGAGGCCAAGUUCAUCACAUUCAGCAUGUUGGUGUUCUGCAGUGUUUGGUUAUCUUUUGUUCCCUCCUACCUAAGCACCAAAGGUAAAUACAUGGUGGCUGUGGAGAUCUUCUCCAUCCUAGCCUCCAGUGCUGGAUUGCUGGGUUGCAUCUUUUCCCCAAAAUGUUACAUUAUUGUGUUGAGGCCUGAGCUGAACAACAGAGAACGGCUAAUAAGAAUAAAAAACUAA